AAUAAAGGCAGUGAUUUUCACACAUUAAGACAAUUUUUUAAAAGCAAACAUUGUCCGUUCAAAAAUUGAGCUUAUGCUAUUUAAACAGGCAUUGGGACUACGAAGAGCAAUAAGUACUACCUAGUCCCUGCAAGGAAUUUGUGAAUUAGAGAAACAUGUAAACUCAGAAAUAUGGCGGUGCCACGGCAGUGAGAGGCACAGGCACAGAGGAAGAAUUUAUUUUCACUGCAGGAGGCCUCCUAGAAAGUUGCCAGGCGCGGUGGCUCGUGCCUGUAAUUCCAGCACCUUGGGAGGCCCAGGCGGGAGAAUCGCUUGAGCCCUGGAGUUUGAGACCAGCCUGGAGAGCAUAAGGAAACCCGUCUCUACAAAAAAUACAAAAAUUAGCUAGGCGUGGUGGCGGGAGCUUGUAGUUAAAGCUACGCGGGAGGCUGAGGCGGGAGGAUCGCUUGAGCCUGGGAGGUAGAAGCUGCAGUGAACAGAGGCCGCGCCACUCCACUCCCGCCUGGCCACAGCAUUAGACCCAAUCUCAAAAAUGAAGAAAACAGUUCCGAGCGUAUUACGGAACGGAUGGCUUCAUCCUCGGAGUACGGGCUCCAGGCCAGGGAACGCACCGGCGUUGCCACGCCCACCUUCCCCGUCCAGCCGGAAGUGGCGCGGAGGCCUGCUCAGUGUGCGCCGGCCGGGCAACCCUAUGCUGGCGUAAUCGGGUUCCUCCGAGCCGCCGUAGGACUGGUUCCGGCGGGCUGGUGAGGAAUGGAGUCGGUGGGCUGCUGCGGCGACUGCCGCGGCUCCUCCGUAGACCCACGGAGCACCUUCGUGUUGAGUAACCUGGCGGAGGUGGUGGAGCGUGUGCUCACCUUCCUGCCCGCCAAGGCGUUGCUGCGGGUGGCCUGCGUGUGCCGCUUAUGGAGAGAGUGUGUGCGCAGAGUAUUGCGGACCCAUCGGAGCGUAACCUGGAUCUCCGCAGGCCUGGCCGAGGCCAGCCACCUGGAGAGGCAUUGCUUGGUUCGAGUGGUAGCAGAGGAGCUUGAGAAUGUUCGCAUCUUACCACAUACGGUUCUUUACAUGGCUGAUUCAGAAACUUUCAUUAGUCUGGAAGAGUGUCGUGGCCAUAAGAGAGCAAGGAAAAGAACUAGUAUGGAAACAGCACUUGCCCUUGAGAAGCUAUUCCCCAAACAAUGCCAAGUCCUUGGGAUUGUGACUCCAGGAAUUGUAGUGACUCCAAUGGGAUCAGGUAGCAAUCGACCUCAGGAAAUAGAAAUUGGAGAAUCUGGUUUUGCUUUAUUAUUCCCUCAAAUUGAAGGAAUAAAAAUACAACCCUUUCAUUUUAUUAAGGAUCCAAAGAAUUUAACAUUAGAAAGACAUCAACUCACUGAAGUAGGUCUUUUAGAUAACCCUGAACUUCGUGUGGUCCUUGUCUUUGGUUAUAAUUGCUGUAAGGUGGGAGCCAGUAAUUAUCUGCAGCAAGUAGUCAGCACUUUCAGUGAUAUGAAUAUCAUCUUGGCUGGAGGCCAGGUGGACAACCUGUCAUCACUGACUUCUGAAAAGAACCCUCUGGAUAUUGAUGCCUCAGGUGUGGUUGGACUGUCAUUUAGUGGACACCGAAUCCAGAGUGCCACUGUGCUCCUCAACGAGGACGUCAGUGAUGAGAAGACUGCUGAGGCUGCGAUGCAGCGCCUCAAAGCGGCCAACAUUCCAGAGCAGAACACCAUUGGCUUCAUGUUUGCAUGCGUUGGCAGGGGCUUUCAGUAUUACAGAGCCAAAGGGAAUGUUGAGGCUGAUGCGUUUAGAAAGUUUUUUCCUAGUGUUCCCUUAUUCGGCUUCUUUGGAAAUGGAGAAAUUGGAUGUGAUCGGAUAGUCACUGGGAACUUUAUAUUGAGGAAAUGUAAUGAGUGAGCCAUCUUGGACCCUGAAGAGGAGGCAACACACCAUUGUAGAAGAAAAACAACAGAAGGAUCCUGGUCCCUGUACAACCUCGUUGAAGAAACACCAUAAGUGGCGUGGACUAUCCACCUCCAGACUGUUUUACAAGAGAGAAAUUAGCAUAUUCCACCUAAUACAGUAUGAUGUAACUAAUGUUACUUUUGUAACAGUCAGUGGUUUGUUCUAACAGGACAGCAGAACACUUGCAAGGUAAGUAAAGCCAAAUGUAUUAGCAUUAUUCCUGCUUUUCCUUUUUUGUCACUUUUAUCCUUUUUUUAAAACUGAAAAUAUUUUUCUCUUGCUAUUUAUAUAUAUAUAUGAUAAAAAUGCUUGGAAGAUUCCUUUAAUUUAUGGUUAUUCUAAAUCCUAGUUCCUGAGGAAAGUCCAAAGAAAAAUUUGUCAAAACUUUUCAUCUGUGAAUAUUUAUAUUUAGCUCUUGCUAUUUAGCUAUUAUCAAAAUACCUCAAAAUUUUAGUCCUUGAAUGUGCUCAUAUAGCCCAUAAGGCAAAUAUUUUUUAAACUUUAUUGUCCCUGAUAUUAACCAGAAUUGGUUGAAUAGUAGAGGAAAAGGGAUUUUUAAAACUGAAAAUAUGAACAAAAUGAGCUUUAGAAUUGAAUGGAUUAUUUUAAACAAAUUAAUACUCAUAUAAAAUGUUUUGCUUCUUCUCAAAGAGUCUGAUACAGGAUAAUUUCAUAUAAUAUUUGAUGUUGUUAAAGCGUUCCUUUUUAUAGCUGAGCCUUUGGAGCUUGUUAUGAACAGUAAAAUCAUUUAGUCACAUGGUUGUAAACUUAGUGCAAAGUAAAAAGGGAAAAGUUGACCUAAUAGAAACAAUAGUAGUAUUGAUAAGAACAAAAGUCAUCCUCCCUGCCUCUCAGAGGCCCUGAAGUUCUGUGAGGAAGGGAAAUAGUAAUUUAACCAAAGUUAAAACUGUGUAACUCAUUUAUUACAAUUUUGAAAGGCUUGUCUUAGAAGCAUUAAAGGAGUAUUAGCUAAAAACAAACUAAAUUCCUAGAGAUGACAAUCAUUGUAGUCCUCUGUGAAACUGAAAAUGAUCACAUGAAAUAAAUGUGAGCAUAAAAAAGAGAAGUAAAGGUGUACCCUUAGUCUACAUACUGAGCUGACGAUCAGAUCAUAGAACGCUUUAUUUAAUCAAGACAUUUAAAAAUACUUAUUUCAUAUACAUACUUUCAAAGCAAAAUAAUCUCUGGGGCUAGUUUCCUUUGUAUAAGGCUUAAGCAAGGAAUAUAUUUCCAUGCCCUUUGAUCCAAGUAAAAUCUAAGGAAGAGGGAAAAUAAACCUUGAAAUUAAGACCUAGAAAUAGAUCCACCCUUGCAGAUUGAUAAAAGUGGGCAAUCUAGUAGGCCAAUUCACAUUACAGUUAUCUCAGUUUUGCUUAAAGCAAACCCUAACCCUCAACCUACGAGGCCAGAUAGCAAAAGACGUGCAACUAGUUUAUAUUGCAAAUUUAACAAAGUGAACAAGCAAAGAAUUACAAUAGAAAUAAACUUUUACAAAUCUGAGAACUUUCUAUGCAAUCUGCAGAAAUUUUUAAGAAUAUAAAUGUGCUUUUGUCAUUUUAUACCCAGUCUGGCCCAGGUUUGCACUGCCAUAAAUUCAGUUUUAAUGGGAACAGAAGACUCCAGAUCCUCUUGAUGGGAAGAAAUCAUGAAAUUUUAGAUGAUUGACUUGAUUUUCAUUUGUAGAAACUGGGUAUGAGUUGGCUUAAUGAAAAUCCUAAAAUAAUAAAAUAAGCAUUAGUAAUAAUAUCCUUGUUAAAUGAACAAAAUGAAUACGAUAUAAAGAACGUGGUACCAGAAAGUUACUUUAAUAUUGACCCUAUGUAGGGAAGAAUAAUCAAAUAUUUGCAAAAUAUGUUAUUUUUGUUAUAUAUUUAACUUCUGCUCUAUGCUACAACUGAAGACAGGUUACGAGAACGUGUGCUACUACAAAGUAGGAAACUGGCAGAAGCCAAUAAGUAUCACUUAAUAUUUUGGUAUGGAAACUUUUCUUUUUUUUUUUUUUUUUGAGAGAGUUUCACUUUUGUUGCCCAGGCUGGAGUGUAAUGGCACAAUCUCGACUCAUUGCAACCUCCACCUCCUGGGUUCAAGUGAUUCUCCUGCCUCAGCCUCCCGAGUAGCUGGGAUUACAGGCAUGCGCCACCACGCCUGACUAAUUUUAAUUUUGUAUUUUUAGUAGAGAUGGGGUUUCUCUGUGUUGGUCAGGCUGGCCUCAGACUCCGACCUCAGGUGAUCUGCCUGCCUCAGCCUCCCAAAGUGCUGGGAUUACAGGCGUGAGCCACUGUGCCCAGCCAGAAACUUUCAAUUCUUAAAACAGAUUUAUAAAAGUUUUUGCUAUAUAGUGACUGUUAGCCAGCAAAAACAGGCAAGAUUGAUUAAUUUAGAAGAAAUUGAAAGAAAAUAUAUUUAUUAAUGUUGCUUUUAAAUGCAAAUUAUCAGAUUGAGAAUUUUGAGACCAUUGACAUUUUUCUAAUUAUGACUAACUAAAAUUUAAUCACUAUACUUAAUAAACAUACUCUAUUCAAGGUCUUGAAAUAAAAUUAUAGGGAGGAAUAAAACAUAAUUGACCCCAGCGACAUCAGCAAAAUUGGCGGACUAGGAAGCUGCAAGCUUGUGUUUGCCCAUCAAAACAUUAAAAAAAAAAAAGAGGCUGGGUGCGGUGGCUCACGCCUGUAAUUCCAGCACUUUGGGAGGCCGAGACGAGGAGAUCAAGACCAUCCUGGCUAACACAGUGAAACCCCAUCUCUACUGAAAGUACAAAAAAUUAGCCAGGCGUGGUGGCGGGCGCCUGUAGUCCCAGCUACUCGGGAGGCUGAGGCAGGAGAAUGUUGUGAAACUGGGAGGCAGAGCUUGCAGUGAGCCGAGAUCCUGCCACUGCACUCCAGCCUGGGCGAUGGAGCAAGACUGUCUAAAAAAAAAAAGCAACUGUCUGAACGAACUCUGUUAGAGCUUUGGAAAACAGUCAAAGGUUUACAGCAACCAAAAGAAUGCCCAAUCAUCUUCAGAAUGGUAGGAAAAUUUUGUGACUUUUUAGUGGCUCUUGCCCCAACCCCUCCCUACAUUGUGGCAGUCUUAAAGCAGCAGAAGCCCAGGCCCCUCCCUUGAACUGGAGAAAACAUACUAGACUUUUUUUGCAAAUUACUGUGUACAUUUUUUUCUAACCUGUCUGGGGAUACCUGAAGGACUGACACAAGGUCACAUCUUUGUUUUGCCUAACUGGUAGGGUGGGCACUGCUUAUAAAAGCUGCAAAGAACCACAGGUGCAUGGGUCAAGAGGUUAUGGGUGUAAACAUAAAGUAGAACAACUGAGGCCCAGAGGAGAAUCUGGGGUAAGACUUUGGGAAAUUAAGAACAGUUAUAUAUACAGAGGGGAUUUAAAAUGCGACAUGCAUGCCCAGGGAAAACACUUGUCCAGAAAGUUCUAAGACCCAAGCUUUCACCUUGCUCUGGUCCCUAAGCCCAAAAGCAGGCCAAAGUAAGUAUUGAAGGAUUACCUGGCACAAAGCUGAUUUGUAAAAUCUAGGAUAGCUCCUAGCAUUCAAGGGAAUUUAUGUCAAAAUAGCUGAACAUGACAUAAAAGGAAGAGAGUCUUCAGUGAUCACACAUAAAAGGAAUAGUCUUUUAUAAAAAUAAUUUGGAAAACUCUCAAAACAAAUGGAUGACAGCUUUUAAAAAUAAAAAUAAAUGAACCAGAAAACCAUGGGGAAAGGAAAGAAUCUCAUACCUAGAGUUACCAUAUUAUAAUAGUGAAUAUCCAACUCUCAAGGAAAAAAAUCACAAACCAUACAAAGGAACAGGAAAAUAAUGCGCAUUCAAAAGAUCAAAAUUAAUUGACAUUGUCCUAAUGAAGGACAUUAAACUAGACAUAUACUUUAAAACAACUCAAAUAUGCCCAAAGAACUAAAGGAAAGCAUGAACAAGGAAUUAAAGGAAAUCAGGAAAAUGAUACAUGAACAAAAUCAGAAUAUCAACAGAGAUAGGCAUUAUAAAAAAAUUCUGGAAAAGAAAAGUAUAAUUAAUGAGAUUUUCACUACAGGGGUUCAGCAGCAGAUAUAAGCAGGUAGAAGAAAGAAUCAGCAAACUUGAGGUGGGAUCAUUGAAAGCAGAAACAACAAAUCAAGCCUCCAUAGUUUUAAAAGAUACAUAGCACACACAAAGAAGUGAAGAAGAUACGGUGCAUUUUUGAACCACAACAGGAUGUAGUUAGAAAUCAGUAACAAAAGGAAAAUUGGAAAAUUCACAAACUUGUGGAAAUUAAACAAAACACUCAACCAAUGGGUCAAAGAAGAAAUCACAAGGGAAAUUAAAAAGAGAAAAAUGCAACAUUCCAAAAUUUAUAGGAUGCAGUGAAAGCACUGCUAAAAGGGAAAUUUAUAGACAUAAAUGCUUACAUUAAAAAACAAAAAACAUCUCAUGUCAACAACCUGACUUUACAACUUAAGGAGAGGGGGAAAAACACACUAAAUCCAAAGCUAGCAGAUGGAAGGAAAUAAUAAAGAUUAGAACAGAUAUAAUAAAUUGAAUAAAGAUUAGAAACACUAGAGAAAAAUCAGUAAACUACAAAUUCUUUAAAAGACCAUAAAGUUGGAAAGCCUAUGUCUAGAUAGACUAAGAAAAAAAGGAAGACUCAAUUGCUAAAAUAAAUGAAAAUGGGAACAGCACUCUAGAUUCUGGAAAAAUGAAAAGGGUUAUAAAAGAAUACCUUCGACAAUCUAGAUGAAAUGGUCAAAUUCCUAGAAAUGCAAAACAUACCACUGCUGAACUUUGAAAAAAAUUUAAAAAUCUGAAUAGAACUAUAACCAGUAAGGUAAUUGAAUUAGUAAUCAAAAUUCUCCUGGAAAAAAUGCGCUGGACCUGAUGGUUUUCACUUGUGAAUUCUACCAAAUAAGAAGAAAUAGCCCCAAUCCCUCUCAAACUUUUCCCAAAAAUUGAAGAGGAAGGACGCUGCCUAAUUCAUUCUGAUGCUGACGCCAGACAAAGAUGCUACAAGAAAAGAUUACAGACCAGUUAUUCCUUAUGAUGACUGAUUCAACACUUGUCAAUACUAGGAAACUGAAUUUAGCAGCAUAUUAAAAGGAUUGUACACCACUACCAAAUGGAAUGAAUUCCUGGAAUGCAAGGAUGGUUCAACAUACAAAAAUCAAUAUAAUAUACUACAUGAACAGAACGAAGCAAGAACAACCAGAUGAUCAUCUCAAUUGAUGCAGACAAAGCAUUUGACAAAAUCCAGCAGGCUCUUGUGAUUAAUAACACUCAACAAAUGAGGGAUAAGAGGAAACUACCUCAACAUAAUAAAAGCCAGAUAUGAAAAGCCCACGGUAGACACCAUACUUAGUGGUGGAAGUUUUUCCUCUAAGAUCAAGACAACAAUGCUCAUUUCACCAUUCCUAUUCUACACAGUACUAGGAGUUCUAGCCUGAGCUAGAAAAAUAAAGACAUCCAAGAUGGAAAGUAAGAAGUAAAAUCCUAUGUGUUCACAAAUGAUAUGAUCUUUAGACAACCCGAAAGAUUCCACACCAAAAAAUAAAUAACUGUUAAUUUAGUAAGGUAGCAGGAUACAAAGUCAAACCACAAAAAUCAGGUGCAUUCCUAUACACUAACAAUGAACAACCUGAGAAGGAAAUUACAAGAGCAGUCCCAUUUACCAUAGCCCAAAAAGAAUAAAAUGCACAGAAAUUAGCUUACCCAAGGUGGGUGGUGAAUGGCUUGUACAAUGAAAACUACAAAACAUUGCUUCAAUAAAGAUAAAAAUAAACGGAAACACAUCUCAUGUUCAUGGAUUGGAAAAUCUAAUGUUAAUAUGUCAGUACUACUCAAAGUGAUGUACAGAUUCACUACAAAAAUCUCUAUCAGAAUCCUAGGAUUUUUUUUUUUUUGCAGAAAUAGAAAAACCCAUCCUGAAUUUCAUAUGGAAUCUGAAGGGAUCCCAAAUAGCCAAAUCAGUCUUGAGAAAGAAGAACAAAUUGGAGGACUUACACCUGCAGAGUUUAAAACUUACUAUAAUGCUACAGUAUAUACACAAAAUAAUCAAAACAAUGUGAUUCUGGCAUAAAGGCAGACGGACAGACCAAUGGGAUAGACUGGAGAACCUAGAAAUAAACCCUCUCAUAUGUGCUAAAUGAUUUUUGACAAGGGUGCCAAGGCUAUUCAAAGGAUAGUUUUUUCAACAAACAGUGAUGGUAAAGCUGGAUAACCACAUGGCUAAAGAACAAAGUUGCAACCUCACUCAUUUGCAAAAAUUAACUCAAAAUGGACCAAAGACCUAAAUGUGAGAGCUAAAACCAUAAAACUCUUAGGAUGUGGCAAUGGUUUCUUGGAUAUGACACCAAAUUCACAGACAACAAAAGAAAAAAUAGGCAAAUUGUACUUCAUUAAAAUUUUAAAAUUUUGUGCAUCAAAGGACACUAUCAACAGAGUAAAAAGAUUACCUAUGGAGUGGGAGGAAAUAUAUGCAGUUCACAUACCUAAUAAGGAUUAAACAUCCAGAAUACAUACAUAACUCCCAAAAUGCAAUAACAACGUAAAAACCUGAUUUAAAAAAUGGCAAAGGAUUUGGAUAGAUCUCCAGAGAGGACAUGCAGAUAGCCAAUGAGCACAUGAAAAAAUGCUUAGCAUCACUAUAAACAGUAAGGAAAUGCAAAUCAAAACCACAUUGAGAUACCACUUCAUACCCACUGUGUCUUAUUAAACACACAAGUGUUGGCAAAGAUGUGGAGAAAUUGGAACUCUUAUUACUGAUGGAAAUAUACAGUGGUAUGCAGCUGCUGUAGAAAACAGUAUGGUGAUUUUCCAAUUAAAUAUAGAAUUGUCAUUUGAUUCAGCAAUUGCAUUUCUGGGUAUAUAUACAAAAUAAUUGAAAGCAGGGGCUUGAGGGUAUAUUUGUAUACCAGUGUUCACUGCAGCAUUAUUCACAGUAGUCAAAAGGUAGAAACAACCCAAAUACCCAACAGAUGAAUGGAUAGACAAAAUGUGUUAUAUCCAUACAAUGGAAUAUUAUUCAGCCAUAAAAAGGAAAUUCUGCUACAUACUACAUCAUGGAUGAACCUUUAAGACAUUAAGUGAAGUAAAUCACAAAAGGACAAUACUAUAUGAAUCCACUUAUGUGAGGUACCUAGACUAGUGAGAUUCAUAGAGACAAAGUAGAACAAAUAUUACUUUUUGUCACAGGGGGCAGGAGGGAAUGGGAAUUUAUUGUUUAAGGGGCACAGAGAUCAGUGUGGGAUCAUGAAAAAGUUCCGGAGGUGCAUAGUGGUGACUGGUACAUAUAACGAAUGUAUUUAAUGCCUUUAAACUAACUUCAAAAUGGUUAAAAUUUAAAUCUUAUGUACAUUUUGCCACAGUAAAUUUUUAAACCACCAAAAAAAAAAAAACAAAACAAAAAACAUAUGGCCUAGCUUUUUUUUAAAAAAAAAAAGGGGGGGUGGUAUUUAAUCACAAGUCAUAGAGGAACUUUUAAGUGUAUACUGCUAAGUGAAAGAAGUUAGUCUGAAAGGCUACAUACUAUUUGAUUUCAAAUACAUGACAUCCUGGAGAAAGCAAAGUUAGUAAAGACUGGUUGCCAGAGGUUCAGUGGAGAGGGAGGGGUAAAUACAUGGAGUAGAGAUUUUUAGGGUGGUGAAACUACUGUAUACAACACUAUAAUAGUGGAUACAUGACAUUAUAUAUUUGUCAAAAUCCAUAAAGACAUACAACAAAAAGAGGACCCUUCAUGUAAAUUAUAGGCUUCAGCUAGCCUGGGUGACAGAGUGAGACUUUGUCUCAAAAAAGAAAGUAAAAAUGUGUGAAUAUUGGUUAAACAAGUAUACCACACUAGUGCAAGAUGUUAAUAAUAAAGGCCUGGGGUGGGGGGAAGCAUAGGGGAACUCUGUACUAUCUGCUCAGUUUUUCUGAAAAUCUAAAACUUCUAACAACAAAGUCUAUUAAAAUUAUGUGAGAGCUUUUC